AUGGAGGAUCAACAGUCCUUCUUCAACUUUUUGAGGAUGCCUCCAGAGAUGUUUGAUGAAUUAUUGAAUAGAGUUGGACCCCGAAUUCAGAAGAAGAACACCACAUUCAGAAAAGCUCUAGAACCCGGUCUAAAACUGGCUAUAACUAUAAGACAUUUGGCAUCGGGUGAUCGGGUGAUCGAUAUUCAACCCUCCAAACCAGAAGAAUGGAGGGCUAUUGCUGAGGAAUUUAAUCGAAGAUGGAACAUUCCACAUGCUUGUGGCGCAUUAGAUGGCAAACAUAUUGCUGUUAGAAGUCCACCAAAAACUGGGACAUUGUUUCAUAAUUAUAAGGGUUUUUUCUCAAUAGUUCUUCUUGCCUUGGUUGAUGCAGACUACAAGUUCCUAUGGGUAGAUGUAGGUGGUUAUGGUUCCAUGUCGGAUGCCCAGAUAUUCAACGCUUUUGAACUAAAAGAAUGCUUGGAAGAUAAAAGUAUUGGAUUUCCAGAACCAGAUGCAAUGCCUAACGAUGACCAGGACAUGCUUUAUUUCAUUUUGGGUGAUGACGCUUUUGGACUUAUAACCUAUUUGAUGAAGCCCCAUUCCAUACGAGGUAUUACAAAAGAAGAAGCCAUUACUAAUUACAGAAUUUCAAGGGGGAGACGUGUUGUGGAGAACGCGUUUGGGAUAUUAGCACAGAGAUGGCAAAUUUUAUUAUCGACAAUGAUGCAAGGCCCAGAUACCGUUGGUGUUGUAACUGAGACUUGUGUUUGUCUGCACAACUUGAUGAGAACACGAUAUCCAACCUUACAAAAUGCUCUACUGGACAUGGAAGACGAUCAACAUAAUAUUGUUCCAGGUCUUUGGAGAGCAAAUGCAAACAUGCACGAAGUAAACAACGUGACUGGACCUAACAGAGACACCAUCGCAGCAAAGACACAAAGAGAGUAUUUGAAGUUGUACUUUAAUAGCCCAGCCGGAUCUGUACAGUGGCAGGAACGUAUGAUCAAUUCCCAGUAA